ACACGGAUGGAUUAAAAWAAARAARAAAAAAAAAAAAAAAAAAGAAUUGAGUGCCUUUUUUUAAUUAUUUCGAACUAAGAGAGCAACUCAAAUAUUAAACAGUAUUAGUUAUAACAAAUGUGCGCGUGUGUGCAGAGUAUGUGAAAAAUAUUUUGUAAGCGGCGAAAGCUUAAAUGGCUAUUGCGAACACCAAAUAUACGCCGAUCCGCACACUCGCACACACACACAGACUCUGACGCAUAUGCAGACACAGAUACUCUGCUGCAUAUGCAGAUACAGAUACUGUACUCGACCGAACCGAAUUCCAAAGAGCCUUUGAUGACGACGCCUCGCUGUGCAUAACGACAUUUGUUAAAUACUUUGUGAUAGUCUUGUUUAUCGUUUUAUUUAAUUGUUUUAUACACACAAAAUAGUAGUAUUGUAAGAUCUUAAGAGAAACCAAACAAAGUUGCAAACCAAAUAGAAAGAAAUCGAACAAAAGCCUGCAAAUGCAUUCCACAAGCACAGCCACAAGAGUAUUCGACAGAUUGAGAAUGGGCAUUCUGCUGCUGCUGUUCAGCUGCCUGGGCUGUCCGGCUUUGAUCGAGGCAUGCUCCAGCCGCACCGUGCCGAAGCCCCGUCCGUCGGUCUCGUCGUCCAUGUCGGGCAUUGCAUUGGCGCCCACACAGCCGCCGGCUACAACAACAACAACGACAAUGCGAACCACCACAACAACGACAACACCGAGGCCAAACAUCACAUUCCCCACAUACAAGUGUCCGGAGAACUUCGACGCCUGGUACUGUCUGAAUGACGCCCAUUGCUUCGCCGUGAAGAUCGCCGAGCUGCCCGUCUACAGCUGCGAGUGCGCCAUUGGCUUCAUGGGUCAGCGCUGCGAGUAUAAGGAAAUCGACGGCUCCUAUCUGCCCAAGCGACCGCGUCCCAUGCUCGAGAAGGCCAGCAUCGCCAGCGGUGCGAUGUGCGCCCUCGUCUUGAUGCUGUUCGUCUGCCUUGUGUUCUACUUGCGCUUCGAGCAGCGCGCGGCCAAGGAGCGCGAGCUCCAGGAGGACGACCUCGACGAUGAGGAGGAGGAGUGCAGCGAUGGCGAUCAUUGCGAGUGCUGUCGCGACCGCUGCUGCGCCUCGGGCGAUGAGCCGCUCGUGACGCGUGGCAAGCUGCCCUACCAUAUGCGGCUGGAGCACGCCCUGAUGUCCUUCGCCAUCAGGCGCAGCACCAAGCUCUAAACUCAAACUGAAUCUGACACAGAAAU